AUUAUGUUCAGAAGCUGAACCCGUAACCGAUGUGUCACACAGUGAAUCAGUUCAAGAAAGCCCUUUCCGUCCCCCUUGCCAUUCUUUUUCCACUGUCUUCGAUGAGGACAAGCCCAUAGCCAGCAGUGGGACUUACAACUUGGACUUUGAUAACAUUGAGUUGGUUGAUUCUCUCCAUGCCUUAGGACCGAGCUCUGCAGAACCCAAGAAUCGUGACCCCAAAGCAAAUGUUCGAAGAAAAUCUACUGAUUCAGUCCCAGUUUCCAAAUCUACAUUGUCUCGAUCUCUUAGCUUGCAAGCUAGUGAUUUUGAUGGAGCAUCUUACCUUGGCAACAGUGAGACACUAGCACCAUCAGCAGAUGCGUACGGUACUGGUUCAAGCAGUGCUUCCAGUACCCUUAAGAGAACAAAAAAAUCCAGACCAGCUUCCUUGAAAAAGAAGCAGUCAUCAAAAAAACCUCUGGAUGCUCCACUGGUGAAGGAAACACCACAAGAACCAUCUGACCUUGGCCAAGCAGCUUGUGCCCCAGGUGAGGAUAAAGCAGCAUCUGAAGCGAAGGCUGACGCAGUAAAGCCUGAAUGUACUGAACCUUCCAAAAUCUCUGCUGAGAAAGAGGAGGCCCCACCUGUGCCUGAAGGAUCCAACCCUUUGGAUCCAGAGCAUUUUGAAGGGAUUAGUGCAUUUAGCACAGGAGGCAGCAAAGUACAAAACUCUCCCCCUGCCAAUAAGAAAACUCUACCUCUUACAACGGCACCAGAGGCUGUGGAGGUGACUCCGCCUGACACUGGAGGACAAGAAGACCCUCCAGUCAAAGGCAUUGCAGUGAGGCUGGAGUUUGACUAUUCUGAAGAAAAAGGGGUGAGUGAAGACCAGGAGAGCACUCCUCCUCCCAAAAAAGCAGGUAAAAAGCCUGGUGCUAAAAUGCCACUACGGAGGCCAAAGACUAAAAAAUCGGUGGAAAAGCUUGACAAUGCUCCAACCACCCCGACCAAGUCACCCCCUGAUCCAAAUGAAAUCCCUAUCACAAAAGGCUCUUACACUUUUGAUAUUGACAAGUGGGAUGAUCCCAAUUUUAACCCCUUCUCAUCCAGUACAAAAAUACAAGAUUCGCCCAAACUGCCUCAACAGACAUACAACUUUGAGCCAGAAAUGUGUGAGGACUCCAUUGACCCUUUCAAGUCAUCUUCUAAGAUAGCCAGUUCGCCCUCUAAAUCUCCAGCUUCCUUUGAGAUACCAGCCAGUGCCAGUGAAACAAAUGGAACAGAAGGAGACAACCUGAAUAAACCUGCAAAAAAGAAGAAGACACCACUAAAAACGGUGAAAAAAUCACCAAAAAGAUCCCCACUAUCAGAUCCUCCUUCUCAGGAUCCCACUCCACUGCCAACUCCAGAAACACCUCCAGUCAUCUCCACAGUGGUUCAUGCCACAGAUGAGGAGAAACUGGCAUCUUCAGUGACAGGGCAGAAAUGGACCUGCAUGACUGUGGACCUGAACACGGACAAGCAGGAUUACCCACAGCCCUCCGAUCUGUCCACGUUUGUCAACGAGACCAAGUUCAGCUCUCCCACAGAGGAAUUGGAAUAUGGCAACUCAUAUGAAAUAGAAUAUAUGGAGAAAAUAGGCUCCUCUGUGCCUCAGGAUGAUAGCACCCAGAAGAAACAAUCUUUAUACCUAAUGUUCGAUGCCCAGCAGGAGAGCCCAGUCAAAUCCCCUCCCAUCAGAUUGUCUGACUCCACGACACCAUGCUCAGGGUCAAGUUUUGAGGACCCUGAAGCCCAGCAAUCCUCUGGAAUGAAGAUACAGCACCCAGCUUCCCGAGUCCUAGCUGCCAGCCAAGAGACACACUUACAGUCACCUGACAAGGCAAAGCAGAAAGACCUGGAGCCUAUGACUCUGGGAACAACUCCAGAGGCUAUUGAAAUAACAUCUCCUGAGGACUCCUUUGUCUCUGCUGAUGCUCUUCUCAAUCGAAUAUCUAAGAAAACCUCACUAUGUGAUCAGCCUGAAUAUCUAGAUCCGGACUUAGCAGAAAAGAACCCCCCAGUGUUUGCUCAGAAACUUCAGAGAGAACCUGCUAUCCCAGCAGAUGUUUCCAUCUCUAAAAGUGCACUGUACUCCCGGAUUGGCACCUCGGAUGCAGAGAGCACCACAGCUCUUCUCUACCCCCAGCAAGACUUAGACUCUGCACUACGACUCGCCAGAGCAGAGAUUGUGGCCAAGGAAAGAGAAGUAUCUGAGUGGAAAGAGAAAUACGAAGAAAGCAGAAGGGAAGUGAUGGAAAUGAGGAAAAUAGUUUCGGAAUAUGAGAAGACGAUUGCUCAGAUGAUAGAGGAUGAACAAAGAGAGAAAUCUGUCUCCCAUCACACCGUUCAGCAGUUGAUUGUGGAGAAGGAACAAGCUUUGGCAGAUCUGAACUCAGUGGAGAAAUCCCUGGCAGAUCUUUUCAGGAGAUACGAAAAAAUGAAAGAAGUAUUGGAGGGGUUUCGGAAGAAUGAAGAAGUGUUAAAGAAAUGUGCACAGGAAUAUUUGUCACGAGUGAAGAAGGAAGAGCAGAGGUAUCAAGCACUCAAAAUUCAUGCUGAGGAAAAACUGGACAGAGCCAAUGCUGAGAUUGCACAGGUGAGAGGGAAGGCUCAGCAGGAGCAAGCAGCGUACCAGGCGAGUCUUCGCAAGGAGCAGCUGAAGGUGGACGCGCUGGAGAGAACACUGGAACAAAAGAAUAAAGAGAUAGAAGAAUUAACAAAGAUUUGUGACGAACUGAUUGCCAAAAUGGGGAAAAGCUAACUUUUAACCAAAUUCCUGGACUUCAAUAUUGAGUGCAAUAUGACCAUUGGCACACUGAUGUCCAUACAUUUAUGUGGACAGGUUAUAUUUUCACUUUUUCGUAUGCACUACUGUAUUUUCUUUCUAAAUAAAGUUGAUUUAAUUGUAUGCAGUACUAAGAUGACUAUCAGAAUUUCUUGCUAUUGUUUGCAUUUUCAUAGUAUAAUUCAUAGCAAGUUGAUCUCAAAGUUCCUGUAUCAGGGAGAUUGUCAAGUUCUCUAAGAAAUUACAAAUUGCUGAUCCUAGCCUUCCCUUUGUACAUGAGUUCCCAUGUUGGAUGUCUUUUGGAUUUAAUAUAAACAUGUAUUACUUGCAUGGGGACUCUUGCCUUAAGGAAUGUAAACUUUAUCUGCAUUUGCUGAUUUGUAAAAUAAAGUGAAAAAUGAAAAAAAAACAAAACAAGAAAAAUGCAUGUCACUUAAAUGAAAUUCUCUAUUGUAAAUAAAUUUUUUUUCGUUGAAAGUUGA